CCAUCCCCCCCGUUACCCAACUUUGUUUCUCAUCACCUCAUUGAUUUUCCCAUCGUGCUCUCGGUAACAGAUCAACCUCCGACUUUUUGUAUCAUGGCGGGGCGGAACUCUGACACUCAGAGCCAAACAUCCCCGCUCGAAGCUGGUGAUUCGCCGCGUCCGAGACAAGCAGCCUGUCUCGUAUGUCGUCGCUCAAAGAUCAAAUGCGACUGGAAACCUCACCAGGAACGAUGCAGGAGAUGCAUACAGCUUGACUGCGAGUGUGUGCGUCCUGCAUAUCAUCCUGGACGUCAAAAGGGCAUUAAAAAUAAACGAACUGGGUUGGAUAAGGCGUUGUAUCAGAUUGACCAGGCUGUUAAACGCGCUCGAUCAGCGUCGCAGAAGAAUCCUGAAGAUGAUAGGAUUCUGAACCAUUUGCAGGAAUUACUCAGCAAUGCGAAUACGCCUGAACACGCGACUACUCGUGGGUACAGUGUCAGCGGUGAUGGCGAUGAAGAUGCGUAUUCGGAAGAGGAGGAGGAGCAAGACCCUGUAGCGAUGCCUGAUUUCAUCCAGAGAACGCAACAGAGUCUUGCUAUUGACGAUGCAGAGAAUCCUCUACAGCUUCUUGCGAGGGCAUCGUAUAUCCAGCCAUCGCCUGAGUCGCGACAUGGUAAUUCUCCGCAGCAGGCGCAUACGGCUAGUACGCAGGGUCAAACGGAGGAUGAAAUCCAAGCUUUCUUUGCGCCGGCGCAAGUUCACCUCGAUGUUGGGCCUGAUGUUGAUCCUGUUUCUCUGGGCCUUGUAUCUGAGGAGGAAGCAGAUAAGCUUUUCAACUUUUUUCAUCGGAACCUCGCGCAUACACGAUGGGGUCUUGAUCCGAGGAUAUACACUGUCGAAUUCACGCGUUCAAGAUCAGCGUUUCUUUACACGUCUAUCAUGGCUGCCUCUGCACUCUUCAUGCCAUCAGCAGCAGCCCUCUCAAAACGAUUAUCAAAUCACGCUAGAACUCUUGCGCAUAGAGUCAUGGUAAAUCGAUACAGAUCAGUUGAAAUUGUUCUUGCCUUCAUGGUUAAUAUCCCAUGGAUGUUUCCGGGACAACAUUCAACUGAUGACGAGACGUGUACUUACAUCUCGAUCGCCAACACAGUUGCUACAGAUUUAUCACUCCACAAGAGCCUCGUUUCACCAGAAAUGCUAGGUUCUGGAUCUGGUAUUGGCCUCGCGAGGGGUGACUGUCUCGACCCAAGAGCUGCUCUCGCAAUGGAUGGGUUCCCCGAAAUUGAUCCAUGGUCAGAAAAAGGACGACUGUUCCUCAGGAACCGAGAACGAUGCUGGCUUUCGUUGUUUGUUCUUGAGCGAGGAAUGUCGUUGGCUAGAGGGCGACCAUUUUCAGUACCGAUGACAAGAUCUUUGAAAGAUUGUGACAAUUGGCAUCGUUCGGAAUAUGCUGAUCCUCUGGAUGGUCAUCUUGUUUCCAUGGCGGUUUUACGAAGAGAUUUGGAUGCGUUGUUUGCUACUGUUCGAGCUCUUUGCGACGGAUCUCAGAUGGCGUCCAGUGAUGGAUCGUUAAUCGCACAGUCAAUUCAAGGGUCUAUUGAACGGUUCUUUGAUCAAUGGUACACAGAAUGGGGUGUUUCUAUUGGAAAGGGGCCAGACCGUCGUCUUCCUCCAUACGUCGAGAUUCUCGUCACACAUACCCGAUUGUCUAUCUACGGCGGAGUGAUUAAUCAUCCAACCGCACCUCUCGAAGUCCGUCGUUUCUUUCACACCGCUGGUCUAUCAUCCGCCCUCAACGUUAUGAGAGCUGCAAUCCAGGGAGAAUCACAACUUCAGUCGAUGCCGAACAACACAGCCAUCAUGAUUUCAUUCGCCGCUUGCUUCGCCCUUACAAUAAGUUCUUACGCAACCGGUGGAUCAUCUCUAGCACCAAGUGUUCGAAAUCUGAUCGACGAAACAGCCACAGUUCUGGAAAGGAUUGGAAAAGUCACACGACAUCGAAACGGUCUUUCCAUCAAGUACGGAAAGUAUCUCAAGCAAAUUGUCAGGCGGGCAGCGACAGGAGACGGUAUCUCAGAUCCGAGAAUGCCGAUCGUUAACGAAGCACCAAUUACGACUCCAACCUUUUUAGAUCAACAGGCUUUAUGGCCUGAACCAUUACAGUUCUCAGCUAUGUCGGAUGAUCAGAUCGUUCAAGCGUUGAAUCAGCCUGGAAACGAUUUUGAACCUUCGUUUGGGGGACUAUCAUGGGAGGAUAUGACGAAUUUCGAAUGGCUUUACUGGCCUGAAGUUGGUAUAUAAUUGCUACAUAAAUCAACAAACAAGUUACUUGCUCAAAUCAGGUCCUAAAUCAUUUCUCAACGCAGAGUCACCUUCUCGGCAGCACUAAUUCCACCUAACCAAUCUAUCGACGUAAGCUGUCGAAGCUUCUCCAUAAACACAAACGUCAAAACAGUAUGCGGUCUAUAAAGUCAGCUUUACUCAGCACAAGAAACGAGAAACGUACGUAAGUCUUAACCAAGCAGGUGUCCAUCCUCUCAUGAGGAAUCUUGGACCUUCUUCUCGAAGACCAGUGCGCAAAACUUGCGCUAGGCCUUCUUUACCAGCGCUAGAUUGCAUUCUACUCUUGAGAACGUCUGCGGGAGCGCAUAGAGUUGUUGCCAUUGUUCCAGCGGCUAGAGAGGAGAUUGCAUGGGUUUUUGUAUCGUCUCCAAAACCGUUGCUGAGGAGGUAUUGUUUCGCGGAUGCGUAUCUGUCUUGUUAGUUGAG